UUACCCAUGUACGGCCCUCGUUGCCAGCCAAAAAAUCUUUGACAAGCGAGAAGUGAAGCUAUGUAGGCAGGGAUAUUCAUUGAAAGUGGAUUUUCUUUUUAAAUGCAGUUGUUCCACUUGAAUUGUGUGUUAAAUGGCCCAGGUGCUAAGGUUGAGUGGGGGUCCAUCACAGGAUAACCCUUUUAUCACACAUCUAGGGGACGGUGACCCUAAUCUACAGCCCCACCCCCAGCACCUUCUUAGAUCCUCCACCCCAGACGAGGAGCAGACCUUGCAGCUGGUUAUCCCUGAACUUGACUAUUCAGGAACAGCUGAGCACUCACUCAACAACUCAGGCAGCAACAAGGAACAUAAUCACUCAGAAACCAAGGAAGUUGAUACAAAGGAACCAGUACCUGAGCCAGAACCUCCUACCACUGUAGAAGAACCACCUAGACCUCAAUCCAGGCAUUCCUUUGUUACCUCAAGGAGUUUCCUCAAAGACAAGAUUUCACCCUCCACAAAACCAUUUAAUAAACAGGUGUAUUUUGUGUCUUCAAGUUCUGAACCUCAUUUGCGACCUGAGAGUCGCUGCACAAACGUGACAGACUCAUUCAACAAACCGAUUGUAACUCCCAUAGUGGAGAAUCCAUAUGCUCGAGUGGACUCAGGGUAUUCGAGUCGUUACAGCAACAGGAGCUAUAGUGCAGGUUCUAUACGCAAGGUUACUCACAGCCCAAGCAAAAUGAGCUACGGAAUGACCGAGCAUUACUCAAAUACUCAUGUCCAACAACCGUGUAAUCGGACACAGGAACGAGAGGAGUUGCAGCGGAUUAAUGACCGCUUCACAGCGUACAUCCAGAAGGUCCGCCAUUUACGAGAACAGAGUGGACAUCAGGUGGAUGCAACGUCUUUCAUUAAGUCUACAAAGGUUUUAGAAGAUGAGCUCGCCACUCUGAAGGAUCUGUAUGAAAGAGAACUGGACAAUGUUAGGAAACAACUGGAAGAAGUUACAAAAGAAAGGAAUUCAUAUCAGAUGCAGUAUAGCAAGAGUAAACAGUUUUCCUUAGAUCUGGAGAGCAGAUUAAUGGUAGAAACAGAGAAAAAUAGGAAACUAAUGGAAGAAGUUAACAUCAGUCAUAAACGAAUCCAGUCUUUAGAAAACGAGGUUUCUGAGUCCAGAAGGAGUUCAGGUCGACCUUUUGAUGACAUCAACAAUUUGACAAGAGACGCUGAAAAAAUGACAAGGGAGAUUGAAACUCUAAAGCGCAGAUAUGAGAAGGAACAGCUGAUGAGACAGGAAUCAGAAGAGAAGGCUCACCUAAUGUCCCAAAAGAUGGAGUUUGAUAACCAAGUUCAGGGCCAGCAGAUCAGAGAAUUGAGAGAGCGAUUGGAGAACGCCAACGCUACCAUACUCAGUCUGGAGACCCGCAUACGACAGUACAGCAAAUCCGAUACAUCUGUGUCAGCUCUGCUUCAACAGGUCAGAGAAUCUGCAGAGGAGGAAAUGGCACGAUUCAAGGCUGAAUUGGAGGAAACCUAUAACAGAAAUAUAACUGCAUUGAAAACUCAAAUGGAAAAUGAUGCAAAAACAUUUGAUAGACUGAAUACAGAGAAAUCACAGAUUUUGGGACAAAUUGUGGAACUCAAAGCUAAGAUUACUUCUCUUGAAGGACAGAUACAGAAUUUGAAUCACCAGAAAGAGUCCCUAGAGGAGAUGGUGGCCCAGGAAAGAGCCCGGGCCAGUGAACAGGUGGCGGCCAUGUCAAAGAAGCUGAAGGACGUCCAGGACAUGCUGUUUGUGAAGAUAAGGGAGGCAAGCCAGUCACAUGACUGUCACAUGCCACUGAAGGCAGAGAUCAGUGCCCUGAAAGCUCUCCUGGAGGAGGAGGAAAAAAGGUUGCAAGUACCAUCAGAGGAAGUAACAAACACUAUGUCUUAUACCUCCACAACUCAGGCAGACACUGCAGCUGUAACCUGUGCAGAAACGAUGACCUACGCCCCUCCACCUGCUGUUUCCAUGACCUCCUACACCCAGCCGUCUGCCCCUCCCAUGUCUCCCUCCUUUGCCCCACUGACCGCCCCAAAUCUGACGAACGAGUACAUUCCUCAGUAUGAUCCUGUGACAUCAGAAGAACUGGAUGCAGCCGGUGUGGGACUGGAGUAUUUUGGGGGAGGGACUCGAUAUACAUACCAGACAACACCCAGUUACAACAAACUGCAGAUCGAGCCCUCACCCCCCACCACCCCUCGCCCUGUGGGGCCAGUGAUGAGAGCCAAGUCUGCCCCAGCUGGGGCUCAUGUCAGAGGUCAGAAUGUCCCUCUUAUUCCUACCAGCAUGGGUCAAGGUCAGGAUUACUUUGAUGAGAUGUUCCGUGACCUUGCCAGGGAAACCCUGUACACGGCCCCCUCCCCACCCCCACAAAAACAGCAGAGGAGUAAAUCAAGCAUGGAGAAGUAUCAGAGUUCAGUAUACCAUGACUACAGCACUGCCACAUCCAGUCGUUCAGAGACCCCCGAGUAUCCACGACACUUACUGCCCAAGGACGCUCUUGUGUUUAGUGCCGUUGGUGAUAUCAAAAUUCUAGAAGUCAACCAAGAAGGGAAAUAUGUGCGAUUAAUGAAUGAGAGCAAACAGGAGGCAGAGUUUGGAGGUUACAUGAUACAACAAAAUGUCGGUGGACAUCCAGUGGCUGUGUACCGAUUUCCCCCAAGGACGAAAUUCCCCCCAAGUUGUACCCUUACAGUGUGGGCGGGAACAAACGACCCAAUUUUACACCAGCCCCCAUCUGACUAUGUUUGGAAGGAGCAGCAGAAAUGGGGCACAGGUCCAGAGUGCACAACCAUUCUGUGUAAACCCAAUGGUCAGGCAAUAGCUUGGACCACAGCUGCACAUAGGUUUACAAAAAAUGCAUUUGAGGAGCCCUCAGCAACCUCCCAGCCUGUGGUGGCAGAUGAACCCAUUCCUGAUGAUCAGAAUGUAGAGACAGACAGUCUGACGGAGAUGACAGUCAACAUCAAUGAACCGAAACCAGACUCAGUGUACCUCAAAAGGGAGAAACAACAGCCUAAUGUGUUAACCCCACAGAAGCACCCCCAUGGUACCUCCCCAGGAAAAGAAAUCCAUCCCCACACAGGUCAGCCCCGCCCCUAUACGUAUGGUAAUGACAACAGCAGUGUGAACCGACAGUCUCGAUCACAGACAACACGACCUGACCCAGUCAGUGGUCAGCCUUAUGCAGGUUCAGCCCAGAAGAUGGGCAGUGCUCCUUUGAAGCGUUACACCCCCACCAAUAUACGAGGGAAUGGCUGUAUUGUUAACAAAGCAGAUGUAGGUAAAACUUCAAGCCCACCUAAUCCUUUCAUGUCACCACAUGUCAAGUUUCAAACAGGCCUAGAUCAGAUCCGCUCCCAACACAAUGAGGACUUCAUGCCUCCCAUGCCCCGCCCACCUCUCUUCUCAUCAUGGUAGCUCCUCCUACUUUCUGUUUAGCUCCUCCUACUCUGAAUUUUGUGUGUCCUAUCUGUGAACGGAUUGAUGAAUGUGAAUGUUUUCUGCAAGGAAGUUGGAUUUGAUACAGCAAGGGAAACAGAAUGCAUUUCAGCAUUAUGGUGUUACAGUGGAGUGUGGAACUUACUGUUUUCAAAACAUUUUCCAGUUUUUCCAUUAGAAAAGAUGCCAACAAGAACAGCAUGAGAGAUAAAACUGAUGGUGUGGAUUUCUAUCCUUCUUUCUUUGUGUCGCUGGAGGUGGGUGGGACUCAUGCCACAUGUACACGUAUCUUACAUAAACUCUGGUAUAUAUGUUGAAGAUAAACACUUAUUUCUUGAUUGUUGAACACAAGAGAUGUGGAAUUCAUCAACUUCAAAGUAUUUUUUUUUAAUUAUCAGAUAUAAUUAGAGACACUGCUGUAUCAUCAAAUUAAAUUGUAGGUGAAUAUUUGUGUUUGAAUUUUAUCAUGUUUAUUGUUCUGUGUAUUUCUUUAAAGCAUUAUUUCUUUGUUGAUUUGAAUGUUUUUUGUUUGUAUUAGAAAUUGCCAGGCAUGCAUGGAUAUUUUUUUUACUACCAAGGGUAUGUGUUUCAUUGUGACAUUUUUAGCCUGAAUAUUUGCUCAGAAUUCCUCACUGAACUGAUUCCACAGGGUCUGUUGCGUCUUGAUGCUAAUACAGAAAUUCUGCUCCUUAAGAGUUCAUGAAUCAAGGUCGUUGUUAAUGACUUACCCCUUUGCUUUUAUUAUCUACCGUCAAACCUAUCUAUGGGGCUGAGAAAAACUGAGAUUUCAGAGAAUUUGAGAUAUUAUUUAAUGCUUAAAGAAGAAGUGGUUGGGACCUUCCAACCUUAUUCAACAUAUUCAUGGUAUUCAAGUAAAGUUACUAAUUAAAAGUUCAAAUGUAUAUUGGUUUAAAAUGAGGUUUGAUGUAUUCUUGAGUAUGUUUUAAUUGUAAGGUGAUGUAACUCUAAAAGGCGCUUGAGUAUUAAUUUUGCAGAAAUGAAUACUAUUUUAAAUUGAAAAGCUUAAAUUGCAAAUAAUUUCAUUUGUCACCUUAUUUAUGCAUGGAUAUAAAGUUUGUUUGUCUGAUAUAUAAUGUAUUUAUAAGAUACAUUGAUGUAAUUAUUCAGGGCACUGAGCUUGCACUUAUUGCAAACUUACACGUAAUAAAAUAGGAAGCAGUUUUUAUGUUUUAUGUCCAUUAUGCAUAAUGGGAGUGAGGAUUUAUUUUUAUACAUGUAAUGCUUAGUAUGUUUAAUCAAUUUUUCUGUGAUAGAAACUCAAUGCCAUAUGUUUUAUCUGCUGAAAUUUUUGUUGCCUUUCAGGGCUUUGGUGUAAACAGAUUUUUUUUUUUGAUUUUUACUAGUUUUGAUAAGAUUUUUUCUCCACCUCAGAAGUGGUACUGCAUGUACUGUAGAUCACUAAAUUUUCACGACACUUUAUUUUCGCAAGAUAGUCAAUGUCUCUUUAUUAGCGAGACAAAAUUUUCACAAAUAGUGGUUAUUGCUCUAUAUAAUCAUAAAGAUUGCUAUUGUACGCGAGAAUGAAAUUUUCGCGAGCACAUUGUCUUGCGUAAAUAUGCGAAAAUAAAGUUCUCACGAAUAAAAGGUGAUUUACAGUAAUAUGUAUGAGUUGAUUGUUAUUAGGAAUGCAUUGUUUUGUAUUUUAAUUGAGAAUAAAGAAUUCAUUUUAAAUGGAUGAACCAAUCAAAGAGUAAUAUGACUUUCUAGCCAAAUUUGAGAUAAGAAGAAAUCCAAAGGUUGAGAGGCUCCUUGAUAGUCAGGUUUUACUGUAUUAUCUUUGGGCUGAAUCAAGCAUUUAUAAUGCUGAAUGUAUCAUGUAGUCUGCGCUGUAUCAAAUGUUUUAUUUUGUCUUUUACUUCUUGUUCCAUCCAUGAUUGUUAUCUGUGAUAAUUAUUAUAUAUUUUUUUUAUAUUCAAAUUAUAGUAUGACUAGACCACAUUUAACAAAUUUUUGCUAAUUUUGAUAGAGUACAUAUUUAUACAGAGAGCUUAAUAAAUAUGUAGAAAUUUAUA